AUGUCCGAUUUGCCUGAACCAGCAGUCCCUGAGGAGCUCAAAGCUUGGCUGUAUAACGCCAUUGCAGACUCUAUUCCAAAAGCCUUAGCAGUUUUCCAUGACCAGUCAAAAUCCACCUCUAGAGCCCCUAUUGUACAUUUGUCAGACUCCGAAGAGUCAAAAAGCUCAGAACAUGAGGAAAACCCCCGCAAACACCCCUGGAAGGGCGAUAGUGCUACUGCCGGUAAAGGCAAAGCACCGGCUAAAACGCCUAGAUUAUCCAUUCCAGAUACUUGGGAUAAUAACCCCAAUUAUAACCUGGACCCAUUAGAGGGUUCCACCUCCAACCUGCAACUUCAAGUGAUUGACGAAUAUUGUGCAGGGAUUUUCCCUCUCACAAACUAA